GAAAGUGGAAGGAAGAAAAAAGAUAUUUUUGUCGGUCGGUCGGUGUCGCUGCUGUCGGUAGAGUGUAGAGAGUACUAGAGUAGUUGAGACAAAUUGAAAACUGAAAAAUUUUUUCAUCAAUAUACAACAGUGUGUUAGUUUCCAUAUUGCGUCGUCUUUUUUUGGUCCAAAAAGAAAAAAAAAAGUUUAAGGAAAGAAAAUAAUAAUAUUAAUAGAAAAAAUAAUAUUAAAAUAAAAGAAAAAAAAACAUUUUCUAAAAUUAUUUAUUUAUUUUUUUUUCUACCAAAAAAGAUUUGGAAAUCAGAAAAGAAAAAAGAAAUCCAAAAAACAGAAAAAAUACUUUGCGUACGAAACGAGAAAUUUUUUGCUUAGUUGUAAGAAGAAGGAAAAAAAAAAUAUUUUUGACUUUCAAUCGUUUUAAAUAUUGUAUAUGUACAUAAAAAUAUAGAUAUAUAUACUUAUAUGUAUAUAUAUAUAUAUAUAAACGUAAAGAGAACCCAUACAUGAAUAACACUUAUAAUAUAUAGAGUAGCGUAGCGAUCUCUAAAUGGCCAUUUUGCAGUUGCUGUGAUUUGUCCAUACACAACCAUCAUCAUCAUAUUAUACCGCUAAUAUUUUUUAAAAUUAAUUUUGAUUUAUUUUUAUUGUUUUUUUUUUGUAUUUUGUGAAUUGAAAAAAAAAAUAGAAAGAAAAACGAGAAUUAAAUCUAAAAGAACCUUUUCUCAGAUUCAUUUGGAAAUAAUAGACCAAAUAAUCUUAAAAAGGAUAUAUAUAAAUAGAAAUCUUUCAAAAUAGAUUUCUAGUUAAUUUCGAUUAUGGCACUAAAUAUAGCCGUCCCAUUAACAGGCGUUGGUGGCCUAUCACCGAUUUCCCCAAUUGGUCUAGACUGUUGGGAAAAUGUUAAAAUUUUAGCAUCGCCAAUUGGAAGUGAAUCGAGUGGUGUCAGUUCACUUGACUCUGACGAAAUCAAGAUGCAACAAUGUCAUUUAAACCACAACAAUCACCACCAAUUGCAACAGGAGCCUUCACAACAACAAGCAUUCACGUUGGACUUAAAAUCAACGUCUCAAGUAAAUGUUACUAAAAACUCAAAUCAAAAUUUUGCUAAUAUUAAUAAUAUAAAUCUAAAUAAUAGUAAUAAUAAUAAUAAUGCAUUAAUUGUAAACAUAAACAAUAAUAAUAAUAAAAAUAUUAUUGUUAUUAAAAAACUACAAGACUUAAAAAUAAUGUACAAUGGCCGUGAUAUAUUAGAUUUAGGUAAAAAUAUCGAAACAAAUACAAAACUUUGGAAUUUAAAAUAUACAUAUUUACCCGAAAACAAUAAUAUACCAAUGUUUUUGGCUAAUCGCUCGCAAUAUCAUCGUUUGGGAGCUAAUGGUCACAUUCAAGAAUACACAUUAUAUCAUUGCGAUCACUGUGAUUUUCAGUUUCCUGUUAUGAUAAAUACUGCAAAUUUUAUGGCUCAAACUUCUUUGAAUGUAACAUUGACAACAAACUCAUCAGCUUUAUACACAAAUUCGUCAAAAAAUUCAGGAGGAGUUUCCCGAUCAAAUACUAAUGUAACAAAUUCUACAUCAACAAUAACUUCCAUUAAUAACAGUAAUUCAGGCACUGUUGGUUCCAAACAAGGCAAACCAAAUAAUAAUAAUAAUUAUAAUAUAUACAAUAAAAAUAACUCGAAGCCAGUAAAAAGAGUUCAAUUGACCAAAGAAGAAUUAAAUGAAUGUGAUUUUUCUUAUAAUUUAAAGAAAAUUUUAAUCGACUAUAAUAAUUCUUUAAAUAAUGGAAUGCAAAAUUUUCCAAUCAAAUGCAAUAAUAAUAUCAAUAAUAAUAAUAAUAUUUCAAAUAAUCAAAUACCAUUAAUAUUUUCACAUAGUGUUGCUGCAGUUGCCGCUGCUGCAGCAUCAUCACCACAAUUAUCAUCUCAAGCUACAUCACCAUCAUGUUGUUCCUCAUCCGGUUAUAGCUCAAAUGGUUCAACCCAUUCACUAUUUUCCGGUAAUAAUGGUAUUAAAUAUCCAGUUGCUGCAAUGGCACCAAAUUGCAAUAAUAAUAAUAUGAAUAUGAAUGUACAAAAUAACUUUGGUAAAAAUUCCGGUAUACCUUUUCAACAACAGCAAUCACAUCAACAACAACAACAACAUCAACAACAUCAACAGCAGCAGCAACAGGCUAAAUUAAACUAUAAUAAAAGUCCAACUGGAAUCAAUAACACAAAUGCACACAAUAAUAACAAUAAUAAUAACAAUAACUCAUUUUAUUCAUUAUUGAAUUCUUUGAAUAAUAAUAUGAAUUUGAAUAACAACAAUAAUAAUAAUAAUAGCAAUACAAACGGAAACUGCAAUAAUAAUUAUGGAAACAAUUUCUGGAAUACUAAUAAUAAUAACAAUAACAAUAUAAACGGUUUGUCCUACGGUGCCAAUAAUAAUAAUAAUUUAUCUAAUCAUAAUAUGAACAUUCACAAUCCAAAUUUAAUUAACAAUAAUAGUGCAAAUAAUCAAAAUUUUGCCAGAAUGUACAAAUACUUUUAAAAUACUAAAUAAAAAUUAAAUGAAAACAUAAUAUAAUCCAUAUAAAAACGGUCAAGUUUAAUUUUUUCACUGUUAAAAUAAAAAAAAUUCUUUAAGUCUGAAAAAAAAAAAUUUUAAUAAUAAUAUUGACCUAUUUGUUUUUCUAUUUCAUGAAUUAUUUAAUUAAUAUAUACGAAAAUUUUUGCAAUAAUUCUAAUAGUAAAUUUUUGUAUUAAUUGAAUAAGAAAUGUAUUUCUUUUUAAUCUUUUUUUUUUAUUGAAAAUUUCUAUUUAAAAAAAAUAUUUAUUUUUUUUUUAUUUUUCUUGUACAUAAUAUAUAGGAUAUAUAUGCAUGUAUAUUUAGUAAUAUAUAUUUUAUAUAUUAUAUUAUAUACAUGCUAUAUA